CGCGCCGCUAAGUGUACGCUUAUAUCGGUGCAUCGCCAACAGGGCCCCAGAAAUGUCCGACGAUCUGUCGUUGGUCACCGAUCCCGACCUGUCGGUUGGCCUGGAGCCUCAAAAAGAACGGCAUUCAUUAACGCUUGAUCAGCGACGCGCACUCAGACGAUGGGCUAAUUCGCAAACUAUUCGACCAUCUCAUAAGCAGUGCAUCGAGUGGUUCUUUGCCCAGUAUGGCUUACAGAUAAGCCAGUCCACCGUCUCACAUUCUCUCUCGCCAAAAUACUCACGGCUUGACGGCGACAAUGCCCAACUAUCUGGUUCAAGGCUCCGGUUUGGAAACUGGCCGGAUGUCGAGAAAUUAGUGUUGUUAUGGUACCAACAAGUACAAGCGUCGGGAAGGCAGCCGACAAAUGAGGAGCUUGGUGAAAAGGCAAAGGCCAUCUUCCACCAGCUGCCUCGCUAUCGAGACGAGCACUCGCCCGAGUUUUCGCCAGGCUGGAUCCAUCGCUUUAAGAAGAGAUAUGGACUUCUCAUUCGUCGCCAGCGCCGCCACAACGAUGCCACCAUCAAUCCAGCAGAGGACAUCGAGUAUCUCUCAGAUUGUGUCCCGCGCUUCAUGGGCAUUGUGUCCGACACCAGCCCGGCUGCCAUUCGAGAGCAGAUUCUGCGCGUUGUUGGCGUGGAAGCAAGCCUCAGUAUCUGCGCCCUUGUGCGUGAUGAGGUUGUGCGACGCAUUGCCAUGGCAAACACGCACGCCACGGCUGUUGCUGCGCUGGCUGCCCCUCCGCCUGAACCAGAGAUGGAGCCUUCGCCUCCGCCGCCAGAGCCGCCCAUGUACAACGACGACGACCCGGAGGUUGUGCUGCAGAAUGCGCUCCGCCAACUCCAGGAGGAAGAACAGGCUGCAGAGGAGCAGGCGGCUGCUGUACGAGAGGAGCGCGAGCGUGCUGAACGCAGUUUGCAUGCUCAGCUUGUGGAUGGCCCGCGUGCAGACUCUACGCCUCGUUACGAGACGCCCUCGCACGAGUUACCGCCCGAAUUGACUCUUACACCGUUGCACACAGAGGACCAUCUUGUGCAUGAUCGUCCCCUGCGGUGUCCCUUUUGCGUUAACCAGCGCAUGCUACGCAGCAUCAAGGAAGCUGUGGACCACAUGUCAACCCAUGUGGAUGUAUAAUUAUAAUGCAACUACAAAUGUUGCUGUAAUGAGAUGUAAUGAUUAACGGGGCUUAACCCGGUUUAUGAAAAUGGGCAAAAAAGGCAGCAUAGAUUUGCCACGGCGUUUAGACAUGGUUAUUGUAGGAUUUACCAAAAUUUAUUAAACAAU